GUUGUAACACUUCCUUUUCAAGCAAAGGCCUCCGGUGGAAAACAUCAGACACCGAGCCUUAAAAUUAGUACCAGAAAUAGUAUUCCCCAAUUCAUUUUUUUAACAUCAGAAGAGUUCUACCGUUUGUUGGAAUACCUGAACAUUAAAAGUAAUCAUGCCUCAGAACGAACAUAUUGAGUUGCACCGUAAACGCCAUGGUUACCGCCUGGACCACCAUGAGAGGAAGAGGAAGAAGGAGAGCCGUGAGGCACAUGAACGCUCUCACAAGGCACGCAAGAUGAUUGGCCUAAAGGCCAAACUCUACCACAAACAGCGACAUGCUGAGAAGAUCCAGAUGAAGAAAACCCUGAAGAUGCAUGAGCAGAGAAAGAGCAAACAGAAGGAUGAUGAGAAGACACCAGAGGGAGCUGUGCCAGCAUACCUGCUGGACAGAGAGGGUCAGUCGCGGGCCAAGGUCCUCUCCAACAUGAUCAAACAGAAGAGGAAGGAGAAGGCUGGUAAAUGGGAGGUCCCCCUGCCAAAGGUGCGGGCACAAGGGGAGACAGAGGUUCUAAAGGUGGUGCGGACAGGCAAACGUCAGAAGAAGGCCUGGAAGCGUAUGGUGACCAAAGUCUGCUUUGUGGGUGAUGGCUUCACACGGAAACCCCCCAAAUAUGAGCGCUUCAUCCGACCUAUGGGACUUCGCUUUAAAAAGGCUCACGUUACGCAUCCAGAACUGAAAGCCACAUUCUGCCUGCCAAUCCUGGGUGUGAAGAAGAAUCCCUCCUCACCCCUUUACACAACACUAGGUGUCAUCACCAAGGGAACAGUCGUGGAGGUCAAUGUCAGUGAGCUCGGUCUUGUCACACAAGGAGGAAAGGUCAUCUGGGGUAAAUAUGCCCAGGUAACAAACAACCCAGAGAAUGAUGGCUGCAUCAACGCUGUGCUGUUGGUCUAAUGGAUCCUGGCUAAAUUAACUGUACCUCUGGAAGCUGCUGUUAUGCAUUUACCAGCACUGGUCUGGUGUCCUCCCAGAGUGUCUUGUAAUCAUUGGCAAAAAAAUGAGGAAUUAUGAGAUACUGCUGUACAACCAGAUGAAUCUCAGCAACUUUUGGAGUCACUUCCGCAGUGGCAUGUAUUAUAUUUGAGAAUGUUCUGUUUAUAAUAAAAAAAUAUUAAAUUGA